UAAUCAGUAACCAGAAUGGGAACACUGAGGGUGCAAGGCUGGGUUAAAGUAAGGGAGCAGAGGAGCCAGGACCUCAUUCAGCACCUCACUCAGCAGCAGCAGCAGCAGCAGCAACAGCAGACAUACACACACGAAGGAAUCGUUCAGGUGACUACCAACAAAAGGUAAAAAUGCGGAUUCUGCAGUCGCGUCUUCUUGCCCUCCUACUCUGCUGCUACCUCUCAGGAAGCCAGGCCAAUCGUGUCUACGUUCACCCCUUCUAUCUCUUUGCUGCUGAGAAUGUCAGCUGUGAGACCCUGCAGCCCCAGACCCCCAAACCUCUGGAGACACUUCCUGUGGCACCCCUUGAUAUUGAGGUCCUGACACCAGACAGCAGGGACCCGUUGAAACUAGAUGCCCAGAACAUCACAGUGAGGACGGCGGUUCUGGCAGAGUUGUUGAACUCUCUGGGCCUGAGGAUGUACCAGUCUUUCAGCAGCAAGCAGCAAAACACCGUCCUCUCUCCGGUCAACACCUUUGGAUCCCUCAUCACCUUCUACCUGGGAGCUUCUAAGAUGACAGCAAACCCAUACCUGACACUACUGGGCUUGAAAAAGGGCACCGACCCAGAGAACUGUCUGUCCUUAGUGGACGGGCACAAAGUUCUCAAGACCCUGCAGAGCAUUAACUCUCUGGUGGACGAUGGACCAAAAGAUGAAAUCACCACCCAGGUGUGGACCUUCAUUCGCCAGGAUGCUGAACUGUCUGAGGACUUCAUUCAAGGCACACAGGACUUCUCAGACACAUCAUUCAUCCGUGGCGUGGAUUUCUCCAAACCUAAGGAGGCUGAGGAGCUGGUGAACACAUUUGUGGACAAGACAUCAGACGGGAAGGUGAAGAGUGUCUUCAAAGAUCUGAACUCCAGCAGCAACCUUCUGUUUCUUACUUCCUUCAACUUCCAAGGCAACUGGAGGACAGCCUUCCAACCAGAGAAGACCUCCUUGCAGGAGUUUCAUGUGGAUGAAUCAACCACAGUGAUGGCUCCACUGAUGACCCACACGGGUCAGUAUCACUACCUGAACGAUAAGGUACAGCGGUGCACAGUUGUGAAGCUGUCUCUGAGCAAACGAUCCUACAUGCUGCUGGUCCUGCCUCAUGAAGGGGCCAACCUCCGUGACAUCGAGUCUAAAUUGCGCACAGAUGUCAUGUCUGCCUGGCACGAGAACCUCCAGGAAGGUCUGUUGGAGUUGUCCCUCCCAAAGUUCUCCAUGUCUUCUGUGAAUGAUCUGCGAGAACUUCUGACCAACAUGGGUCCAAAUGUUGAGGACCAACUUUUGGGCUCCCAGGCUGAGUUCAGUCAACUCAGCAACAUUAAACCCUUCACUAUAGACAAGGCCAUCAACAAAGUUGUGUUUGAGAUGUCAGAGGAAGGGGCAGAACCUCAGGAUAAGAUCCAGGAAGCUGGCAUCCCUCUGAAACUGUCCAUCAACCGGCCGUUCUUCUUUUCUGUCAUAGAAGGAACGUCUAACGCCAUCCUCAUGUUGGGAAAGAUCACCAACCCUACACUCUAAAGUUAUAUAGUGCUGAAAACCAACAAAAACCUCUGACAUGAAAAAUGUCCAACAUAGCAGGCCCCAUUUCUUAUACUUCAUCUACAUCCUACAGCUUCUGCAGGUGCUGAAAUCAAUCAUGUAACAGACAUCUCAUUUACAUCAUACCCUUGUUUUUCCACAGACGGUACAUGAGGAAUGAAGCACAAACCUCAUUCACAAAGGAUCUAUCGUUAUUCAACAGUGUUAUCUCUCGACACCAAGCUGAUUUAUGAAAACAGUAUUUAUGAAAACCUGUUACUUUAAGCUGAGUUGUUCUCAAGCAGCCUGUUAAAAAAUCCUUCUUUUUUUUUUCUUCCUGUAAAAUUUAUUACAGCAGAGUUCUGUACAGUAUUUUUCAGUAGAGUAGGUACAGAAACCACGAGGCUCAGUGAUGAAAGACUAAUGACGAUGUAUAUUGUAACUAAGAGUUUAUUUUUGUUUUGUUACGAUUUGUGAUUGAUGUAAUAAAACAUUUGUAUCCCA